CUCCGCAAGCUACCCGCGAAGCCCCGCCCCCUUUCACACAAACGCCUCAGAAAAGGCGCCAAAAUCUCUUAUUUUAAAAAAUUUCUGACCGGUUUCCUGAACAGUCUGACUUGUUAGCGUACUCCCUUAUACUUAUACAGUACCUCUUUUACAUUCUUUUCCCGACUCCUCAUAUUCGCCUCACUUAAAACCCGCCUUUAAAAAAAAAAAACACCACCUCAAGUCCGGAAGCGGCAGCCCCCUCAGCGCCGACACGUGUAGGGAAAAGAAACACGCGAGGGGAGACUCACACGAGACCCGCUCGCCCUCGAGGGGAGGCGGGUGUUUCCCUUCCGGACUCAACCCUGAUAGGAAUCUAGGACUUGGGGGAAAGGGCGGGCUUUUUUCCCUUCACGGGUUAAGGAAAGGUUGGAUGGCCUCAAGGGGUCCCUUCCAAAUCAGCGACUCAAUAAUAAUAAUGAGGAGAAAUAAAUGCUGACAUUAACCUGCAACGUGGGGUCCACGGUUAAUCAUGAGCUCCCCAAACCCUCCUCCUUCCACUCCUUUCUAUUGAGCCCAUAAUAAUAAUAAUAAUAAUAAUAAUAAUAAUAAUAAUAAUAAUUUCCUUCUCCUCAGGGGCCUUAACGAGCCUCCCAAUCUCCCGCAGCUCCUCCUCCUCACGCCACUUCUGUGGUAAUUGAACGCAGCCGUCUCCAUUUCCUCUCUUAAAGCAGCCUCACUCCGAAUCAAGGCUGCCCCCUCCGUGUGCACGUGCCUUGCUGCCCCUUUGCUUCGGACCCGGGCCUCUCUCUCUCUCACUUCGUGUUCGAAUUCACGGGGAAGGUUGGUUGGAAACCGCUUGGAGGUUUUAAAGCAGAAGAGGAUUCUUCCCCUGCGAUUCCCGCAUCGCAGCGGCGGGUUGGGAUGGAUGACCUUCGGGGGUCCCUCGCAGUUUCUGCCAUUCUGAUCAUACAGCCGGGGAAAGGUCCUCUGGCGCCUUGUGUCCAUUCAUGGGAAGCGAGGUCUCCCUGGAAGCAUUUUAGAACCAGUGCUUUUAUUCUAAAAAAAUGUUUAAAUUCUCAUUUUGACUCUAGAAAAUCACCAUUUUAUAGUUGGAAUCGGGAAAAAUGAAUGCAGUAAAUGGAUACAAAGAUUCACAAAAUGUUUAGGGGGGUGCGCAGGGCGGGAUUUAGGCUGGAUGAGGCCCUAAGCUACUGAAGGUAAUGGGGCCCUUUAUAUGUCCAGCUGUCCUUUGUCAACAAAUUGUCGCUGGUUUUUGUGUUGAAUAUAUGCUAUAUGGUAAUUGAUGGAUCUAGUAGGUAUCUAAAGCCAUUUGCACAUAACUUACUUUUUCUGUCUUUUAUUUUGGAAAAAUCCAGGUUUUUCCCCCCUUUAAUUUUUUUGGGGGGACCCCCAAUAGAGUGGGACCCUAGGUUGUUUAGCUUAUACGUAAAUCUGUCACUGGUAUACGUACACCCAUAAAAAAAGCACCAAACUGUUGGCUUCUAACCUAAUAUUGCCAUUUCUAUGCAGGCGGAGAAUUGCCUUCUUUGCAGUUCUUCACUUAAUGGUGAUUUGUGGUGGCCAGUAUGAAUUGUGCUCUGUACCUUUAAAACACAUGGCUUCCCCCACAAUGAACCUGGGGAUCUGUAGAUGCAGGAUGCUGACCCUUCCAAUUUAGUAAAUUGUUCUUUUUUUCAUUCAUUCUCGCUCUCUUCCGUGUUUUGCCCUAAUCAUUUUUGUUCUACUAUAGCACAAGAACUUCUGGUACGUACUCUAGUACUUCUCAGAAAAGCAUAUGGUCUUUUUGUUUUUCUGUUUCAUUUCUUCUGCUGUUCUGGGUUUUUAGUUUUUCCUUUGUGAUUCCUAAAAACAAAACACUGAGCCCAAAACUACAUCUAACUGUUUUUGUUUGUGUGUGUGUAGGAAGCCAGCCAGAGUGGCUGGGGUAUAAAUAAUAAAAUUAUUACUUUAUUUUGCAGGAAUGUCCCAAGCUUCAGCUACAAUCUUAGACACUUCACCUGCAAGUUAAUCUCUCCGGACUUACUUUUGAGUAGGUGCAUAUAGGCUUGUUCAGUGCUUCAACUUCCAGGUGAAAAUGCUUAGAAAUAUUGUAGCCUUGGCAAAUGACACACAGUUUAUUGAUUUACAUUCUAUAAAUCUCACGUUUUAUUGUUUUCAAACAGCAUAAAAAUUGUUUGCCGUCAUACUCUUAAGUAGACCCACUGAAUUUAAUGGACCUGAGUAACUUUUCUGUUGAUUUAAAUGGGUCUAUUGUGAGUAUGCUUUUGUUGGAUACCAACCUUGAUGUUUCAGAAUUUCACAUAUGUGUUUUUCUGAUGUACUGUAGUCAUUUUGUUUUGGGUGGUUAUUUGUUGCAAUUGUUAUGAGUUUGAGGCUGCCUGACUCCUCUAACUUCCUGGCUCCAGUGUUAGAAUAUAAUCAAGGCUUGGGGGUGUUAAACUGGGUGCCAGACCCAUUCUAACCCCUGGACCCAACAAGUGUUAAAAUACAAGCAAGGCUGUAGUCCUGUGUUCAGGUGACGAGCCAUUAAGCGAACAAAGGAGAAGGGGGCUGUGUGUCAGAUGGCAAAUGGGUGGGGGCCCUUCUCCAGCUCUUAGUUAGGACAAAGCUGGAGUUUGAUGUGGCCCAGAACUCCAGCUUCAGGCUGGAAAGCCAGAGAUGCAGAGCACAAUGUUUUAUUUCUGCUGAAUCCAAGGCUGUGGCUGAGAUUUAAAAAAGACUCUUUUGUAAUGUUGACGCUCUGAAGCUCAGGUUGUAAAUAUGUGUAAAGGAACCAUAUAUCACAGCGGCACCAUAGUCUCUGCUGUGCCUCAUUCCCAAAAGGAAGCCUAAACCCUGGUUUAAGUGCCUGGAACCCCUGGAAUCUCUCAUCGCUCAGAGAUUGAGGUGGCGUGCAACAGUCUUGCAUGGAGAUUGAUACGAAAUAUGUACAAAUGAUAUUAUGUACAGAAGUAGCUAAUCAACCUUCUUUGUUUUUGUUAUAAAGCUACCUAGCUUUUGUACACAGCCAUUUGUUUAAAACAAUUUGCAAGCCUGCAGAGCUUGGAAAUCUUAAACAAAAACAGCGUCCCUCCCUUCCAAAUCAUUCACUGCAAAUCAAGGUUGUUGGGGGGUUUUGUUUUGUUUUUGCUUAAUAGCUUUGAAAAUGAUACAAAAAUGCCACAUUCAGCAUUUAAUAUACCGUAUGUUGUUCUGUUUCCCCCCCUUCAGCUCAUCAAGUUAAAGAACACAGUCUUGGCAAAAUGUUCUACACGCAGCUGCUUAUGAAUAACCGUGGGCCUUUGGCCAAGAUAUGGUUGGCUGCUCACUGGGAUAAGAAACUCAAAAAAUCUCAUAUAUUUGAAUGCAAUUUAGAGAAGACUAUUGAAAAUAUUCUCUGCCCAAAGGUUUGAUCCUCACUGAGAUGUCUCAUAAAAAUCUGCUGUAGAAAUGUCCCUAAGGUUUUACCCAUCGUUAUGGGGCAUAUGUCACUGCACCCUUUGUUGAUUACUAAAAUAUAAAAAGAACAAUAAAAAGGGUAGGAAGACAGUUACUUCUUGGGACACCUCAGAAGAUGAAAUUUUCUCGUUACCUGGGAGUUACCUGGUUUGCAGCAUUCUAAAGGAGUACAUUUCGAAUCCCCGCGACGGGGUGAGCUCCCGUUGCUCAGUCCCUGCCCUGCCAACCUAGCAGUUCGAAAGCACGUCAAAGUGCAAGUAGAUAAAUAGGUACCGCUCCGGCGGGAAGGUAAACGGCGUUUCCGUGUGCUGUUCUGGUUCUCCAGAAGCGGCUUAGUCAUUCUGGCCACAUGACCCGGAAGCUGUACGCCGGCUCCCUCAGCUAAUAAAGUGAGAUGAGUGCCGCAACCCCAGAGUCGUCUGCGACUGGACUUAAUGGUCAGGGGUCCCUUUACCUUUUAAAGGAGUACCAUCAGCCAGAUGCACAUUUAUUAUAUUAAGAUGUUUGCUCCUCUUUGUAGCAGUCCAAAUAGAAGAUAUUUCCUUUCACCUGUGGUGAGGUGUGCAAAUAUUCUUGGACCACAUCUUCCUUCAUCCCUGAACAUUGGCAGUACUUAUAGGAGUUGUAGUUCAAAACAACUAGAGGGCAUAAUGUUGGCAUCCUGUUGGCUGCCUCUAUCAUUCCUAUCAACUUGUCACAUCUCUUUACAUGUUACAUCUGUUUACUGUUUUACUGUUGUUGUUUUUUAAAUAGCUACAAGACUUAUCUAACUAGUUAGUUAUUGAGAUGCAACAGAAGCUUAAAGUAUUUAGGGCUUGUUGAGAAAACGGACAACAAAGGGCAGACAUAAUAGCAGUUCAUAAAAUUAAGCAUGGUGAGGGAAAAAUAAAGAUAAUUUUUCCUCCUAUCCCAUGAUUCUUGAACCCAGGGGAAUCCAAUGCUACUGAUUGGCAGUGGAUUCAGGAUAGACAAAAGAAGAGGGUAAUCCAUAUUGCAAAGCAUAAUUCAUUUAUCGAAAUUAUAGCCGCAGAAUAUAAUCAUGGCCACUAGCUUAAAAAGGUGAAGAGACCCCUGACCAUUAGGUCCAGUCGUGGCCGACUCUGGGGUUGCAGCGCUCAUCUCGCUUUAUCGGCCGAGGGAGCCAGCCUACAGCUUCCGGGUCAUGUGGCCAGCAGGACUAAGCCGCUUCUGGCGAACCAGAGCAGCACACAGAAACGCUGUCUACCUUCCCACUGGAGCGGUACCUAUUUAUCUACUUGCACUUUGACAUGCUUUCGAACUGCUAGGUUGGCAGGAGCAGGGACCGAGCAACGGGAGCUCACCCCGUCGCGGGGAUUCGAACCGCCGACCUAGGCAAGUCCUAGGCUCUGUGGUUAAACCCACAGCGCCAUCCACGUCCCUGGCCACUAGCUUAGAUGGCUUUAAAAGUGGGGUGGGGGGAGAGAGUAGUGAAAUUCAUGGUGGAUAGGUCUGUCAGUGACUGAACCAAGGUGGUUCAGAAGCAAUAUGUCAUUGAAUACCAGUUUCUGGGGGUCGGGUGGGAGAACUAUUCCUCUUCAUGUCCUGUUUUAUGGGCUUCCCAGAAGCAUCUGGGGGACCCCUGUAAGAAGCAAGAUGCUGAACUAAAUUAACUUUGGUCAGAUUCAGCAGGUCUCUUGCGUUCUCAUUUAUCGUGUUCUUUCCCACAAACAUCAGUAUUAAAUAAUGUAAACAUUUCUUCCAAGUUUAAACUUGCCCUGCGAACCUCAGGACACCUCUUGUUAGGAGUGGUGCGGAUCUACCACAGGAAAACCAAGUACCUCUUGUCCGACUGCAAUGAAGCUCUACUUAAAAUGCAGUCAGCCUUUCGUCCAGGUAUGCUUGCAUCCACUGUUCACCUGGGGUUUCUUAUACAUUACUACAUACCGGGGGAGCAGUUAGAUUUCUUUGCGUCCUCUAGCAAAUAUCUUUUUGUGGACUCCCAAAGUAACAUGGCUAUUCAUAGCUGUUCUCUUUCAGAACAAGGAAUGGUCUGCAGAACCCAUUAUCCGUGGGUCUUGCAGUUCAAGUAAGACUAGAGGAUUAGAAAGAAUUUUAAUAUUGAUGAUGCAGGUUACAGUCCCAUACUCAGUUACUUGACAGUAAGCCCCAUUGAACUGAAAGGGACUUACCUCUGAGUGGACAGGUAUAAGAUUGUUCUCUAAGUGGCCACUUAUCCGCUGAAAACCACUGGAGAGCCUGCUGAAGAUUAUUGACAUGAAUAACGGUUAAGUUUCAUCCCAGUCUGGUGGUUCCUUGUACGACUGGUGCUUUCAGUGUUCACCUGCAUUUUCAUAUUCAGUAGAAUAGGUUGUUCCUCUUACGCUUUUGCUUAAUUAAUGCUUAUCAAUCCUUUGCAAUCUUGAAUAGGAAAUGACACACAAAUGUGAAUGACACUGCCCCAGCUUUGUUUUUAGCAUAUUUUUAUGCCCUUGGACAUUUACUUGUACCUUUAUAUCCUGCAGGAUACAUAUAUAAUAAAUACAAUUUCAGCAUACGACAAUUAAUCCUGUGCUGUAUCUCUCUUUAGGACUUGUUGAUCUCCCAGAAGGGAACUCAGAAUUGAAUUAUGAUGCCAUCACGUUGCCUGAAGUAUUUGAUGAUUUUGACACACAACUCCCUGAGGUGAAGUACGUGCUUUUCAGUUUGCUUAUUUUUUGAGGUUUCCUUGGGAUGCAUCUAUGGUUGGCAGUUUUUCACAUGGAUGACUCAUCCUCAUGUGAGAAAGAUGUGGGUCCAUGAUAUCUGUUUCCAAAUAUCUGUCACUUUGUGCAUUUUGCAUGAUUUAUCUGGACAGAAAAAUUUACCGUAUUUUUCGUUCUAUAAGACGCACCAGACCACAAGACGCACCUAGUUUUUGGAGGAGGAAAACAAGAAAAAAAAUAUUCUGAAUCUCAGAAGCCAGAACAGCAAGGGGGAUCGCUGCGCAGUGAAAGCAGUGACCCCUCUUGCUGUUCUGGCUUCUGGGAUAGCCGCGCAGCCUGCAUUCGCUCCAUAAGACGCACACACAUUUCCCCUUACUUUUUAGGAGGGAAAAAGUGAGUCUUAUAGAGCAAAAAAUACGGUAAUUUUUUUGGUUUAGUAAGCAUGAUUAUUACUGCCAGAGCAAUACACUGGAGCAGUCCAAUAUCACUAUGUUCAUAAUAUGUGUAUUAUAGAAACCCCCAGUGGAUGAAAAUAGUAAUAAAAGCAGUGCUGCGUUUACUGAGUGUUUUUUCUCCUGGAGUGCUUUGACAGAAAGUCAGUGUUACGUUUAUGAUUGCCAGUGUUAUGUUUAUGAUUGCAAAUUGUAGUUCAUAACAGCUGGAGGGCACUAGGUUGGCAAAGUCUGUGUUAAGGAUACAAACAGGGGUGUCUUACCCAUAGAGGCUAGUGAUGCGGGGCGCCGGGGUGCCGCCCUCGCCCGCCUCUGCCAUACUGCGCUGAAGCAGCGCCGCUCCCGGAGCCUCUGUCUGCCGUGGCCCAAAGUUGCCAGCUGAGCCGGGAGGCACCAUGUCCAGCCCCCACCUCUUCCCUGCCGGAGGAGCCGUCCUCCAGCCGCUGCCCCGCCAGCAGCGCUGUCCUCCCUAAAAAAAAGUUGGCAACUCUGGGAAACGGGCUUUGCACCACGGCGCCGGAUAUGCUUAAGACGGCCCUGCAUAUGAAUAAUACAAUAUAUAAAAUCUUAGUUCAUUGGAUGUUAGGAGUUGUAAGCAAAAUAUGCCCCUGUUAUAUAACACAUACAAGCACACUUUUUCAGUUGAAUUCCUUCUUUCCAGAUAAAGUUACAUUUUUCUCCUUAGUGCCAUUGAUGUUGCUGAACAUUUUACACUGAACCAGAGCAGAGCUGAGGACAUCACUUUGCUGGAAGAGGAUUAUAGACGGGAUCUACUUCUCCAUGGUGGUAGUUUUGGUGAGGCGGCUGUUCUUUCUUCAAAAGUCAGAAUAUGAAUGCUCACUUGGUUGGGGCGUAGUACUGAUAACGCCAAGGUUGCAGGUUCGAUCCCCGUAUGGGACAGCUCUAUAUCCCUGCAUUGCAGGGGGUUGGACUAGAUGAUCCUCAGGGUCCCCUCUGUACAAUUCUAUGAUUCUGUGUUAGGUUCUAAUUGGCCCAUUUUCAAUAUAAAGGCCUCAUCUAGAAUCACCGUUGCUGAUGACUGAAAAUUAUGAACUGAGUACCACACCAAAGAAUGGAUCUGUUUUUUAAUCAGGCAGCCUGCAUGCCUUUUGCACUAAAGAAUUAUAUCAGCUUGAGCAGGAGGCAAAUUUCUGCUUGGCUGAUUUUAACCUUUGAUACUGAUGAAAAUCCCACUCAGAUGUUGUACACCUUCAGAGAGAAGAUGCCACUGUCACUAAUGGCAGCAUCCCAUCCAGAGCAAAUAGUGAUUUUCAUUGGAACCGCAGCACAGGGGAGAAUCUUCCUCUGCCUUUACUGUAGUCCUAAUUUCGCCAGGCCCAUGCCUGGUACACGGGCAUAGCCAGGAUUUUUGUUAGCAGGGGCAGGACUUUGUUGGGGGGGCAGAACCGAUGUGAUUUAUUGGUCAGUUAGUUAAGUAUUUCUAUUGUUUUACUUGAUCUGGGGGGGGGGGCAGCUGCCCCCCUGCCUCCCUCUUGGCAAUGCCCAUGCCUUGGUAUUUUUAAAAUGAAAAUAGAAAGCCAGAUAUGUGAUUGUGCAUUUCACAUCUUGUUAGGCCUUCAAUGUGUUUAAUAUAUGAUGACUGCCAAGGAGUGUGGUGGAGUCUCCUUCUUUGGAGGUCUUUAAGCAGAGGCUUGACAACCAUAUGUCAGGAGUGCUCUGAUGGUGUUUCCUGCUUGGCAGGGGGUUGGACUCGAUGGCCCUUGUGGUCUCUUCCAACUCUAUGAUUCUAUGAUUCAGUCUUAACUUUCAGAGGUUACAUGUAGGUUUAAUUCUUUUUUUCUUUUUUUGCAUUUGAUUGAUUUUCAAAACUGUUUUAUUUUUUAAAAGACGUUUUAAAGAAAAUUAUAGUGAAAUUAAAGGUCAAUAUUAACCUUAAAAUGUUGCUUUUUAUCCAUCCUGCUAUAUGCCAUAUGUCUUGUGUGUAUCUGUAUCCAUAUUUAUAUACACUUGAAACCACACACUCACUUGCAGGGGAGAGGGAGAGGGAGAAGUUACCACUAGCCCUUCAUAUGUCCUUUUUCAGGUGAAGAAAUUGAAAUGCCGAGGCAGCAAAGCUUUCUCAAUGACAGCAUAUUGGCUAGUUCUGGUGGCCUCUUGACUGAUCACAGUUUUUUGAGCUUCACUGAAGACAAGACUACAUUUGCUGAAGAUGCCAAUUCAUUCAAGUAUGAUGGGUUUGGAGAUGAAGGAACUGCAGGCGAUAUGAUUGGUACGUAUGAACAAAAUCCAAUAGGCACAAGUAAGUGGGAGCCUUUCCUGAAUUUCCCACCCUGAAAGGAAAUUAACGUGACUUAAGCAUGAGACACUGUCCAGUCCUGCACUUCAGAAAUUAUGAUCUGACAUUUCUACACUACCUCCUAAAUAUGGGGCAGUUAACAAUAUAAAGGCAAACCCCACCCCCCCAUAAAAUUAUACAUUAUAAACAAUUUUGAAUAAUAAUAAUAAUAAUAAUAAUAAUAAUAAUAAUAAUAUCUUUAUUGUCAUUGCCCCCUUCGGGGACAACGAAAUUACUUGACUGCUCCAUAAAAACUCUAAUUAAUCAAUACAGUAUAAUACAGCAAGGGAGAUUAGAUGACUUUCAAAGUCCGGGCUUCCCAUUCAGGGCCGAGAUCGCUCUGGAGAAGAAGCUGUUCUUAAGACGGCUCGUUCUUGUCUUCAUCGUCCUGUAUCUCCGUCCCGACGGCAAGAGCUCGAAGAGACAGUGACCAGGAUGCGAUGGAUCUUUUACUAUGUCCAGUGCCUUCCUAUGGCACCUUGUGCCAUAAAUCUGCUCUAAGGUGGAGAGUGGGCAGCCAACAAUGCUCUCUGCUGCCUUAACAACCCUGCACAACCCCAUCCUGUCCUGGGUAGUACAGCUUCCGUACCACACACAUAAGCCAUAAGUGAGCACCCUCUCAAUGGCACAGUGAUAGAAGGCAAGCAGCAGUUUCUGCGGAAGAUGGUUUUUCCUUAGUAUUCUCAAAAAGUACAGUCUCUGCUGCGCCUUCUUCACAUACAGGUAUGUACUUAGUAAAAUACAGAAUGGACUUAUGAUUGUGUGGGUUUAGGGUAUAGUGAACACAUCUUUGUGUAAGGGGGUGAUACCUGCUGCCUUGAAUUAGGUAAUAGUGAGGCUAGGGUGGGGUGGGGGGUGGCUAAUGCCUUGUUUGCCCGCCUUCCCUGCUUUGUUGAAAUCUUUUUCCAGGGCAGCUGGUGGUAGAUUAGUCUGUAGGAGGAGGAACCAUUCUAGCUGGAAUAGGAGUUGGUGCCUGGUGUUAGCCUGUUAGCCAGCCAGCCUGCCUGCCUGCCUGCCUACCUGCCUUGCUUUCCUGGAAUCUUUCUCCCAGAUAAGCCCUAACACAGCUGUCUGGUAAAUCCCCACACCCAUCCCAAUGUAUAAAGUAAUAGUAUCUUGUAAACCAAUUGUUAAGUUCAUUUUUCCUUAAGAUGCUGUUCUUGGAGCUGAGCCGAAUGACUACGUUCUUACGGACCUCAACAUGGAGGAAGAAUUUUCUUUACUCCAAGAGCUUCCGACUGAUAAUACAGCAGGUGAGUUAUUUCCAGAGAUGGCUCUGUGAGUCCAACAGCAAAAACAACAACGUGGUUGUUGGAUGAACAGGUUUUUUGUGGCAUCUUCUUCUUUGGCGAUCACCUGUAGCUGAGUAAGAUUGUCUCCCGUGAAUAUGGUCUUAACAGUGAGUCCAUAAGUGAGUCUGUUAUUAUGGCAUAAGCUCUCAUUGACUAGAGUCUUCUUCACCAGAUGCAUGAAGUGUUGUCAUGAGUACAUGGAUAUAAAGGGAGUAAAAACUGUAAAGAGUGAGAUGAAAUAGAAAUGAAAUGCAAUGCAAUAAAAUAAAAUAAACCAGAGUAUGACAAUUUUGUGGAGUACUUGAGAAGCAAAGAGACCAUUCACUGUGGCAGUAAUGGAUGAUAACACACCCUAUCACUGCUAAGUUAAUAAACAGCAGUGGUGGGAGAGGAAAUCAUGAACUUGAUUCAGGCCAAAAUGGAUAGAAUUGCAGUUCUUGAUAAGUUCCAAUUCGGCAGCCUCUUUUGUAGGCUGUAAACUUAUUUAUUUAUGCUUAUAGACUUCUUUUCAAAGUGUCUUGCAGUAAAAACAAUAUCCAAAAUCACUGCAACAUUAAAACACCAGAUAAUAAAAUGUUAACAAUUAAUUAUGAAAAUUCAUCUGAAAAUCACAAGGAUCACUUAGAGCAGAAGAGUGUUUCAGGCAAAAGUAGAGUGUUUUGGCCAAACAAGUAGAGUAGCAGACCAAUAAAAGAAAGCAAGAACAACAGAAAACUACACAGGACAGAAAGUCUGGGUAAAUACAGUGGUACCUCAGGUAAAAAACUUAAUUGGUUCCGGAGGUCCGUUCUUAACCUGAACUGUUCUUAACCUGAAGCACCACUUUAGCUAAUGGGGCCUCCCGCUGCCGCUGCUGCAUGAUUUCUGUUCUCAUCCUGAAGCAAAGUUCUUAACCCAAGGUACUAUUUCUGGCUUAGCGGAGUCUGUAACCUGAAGCGUCUGUAACCCGAGCUACCGCUGUAAAGCCAUCUUUUACAUCCUGAUGAAAAACCUGUUUUCUGUAGGCAGUAUGAAUUUGUUCUACAUCCUAGAUGCUGCUACUGAAAAGGACCUGUUUGCAGUCGCACAGGUUUGAGAAAUUGAAUUCCAUGCAUUUAGGCUUGAAUCAGCAGAAUGGUUUCCUGUUAAUAUCUGUUGCAGCUUUUGUGAACGUUCACUUGGUUUAUGUCGUAAUAUCUGCCUUUAAGCUGCCACAAGCUUCUUUGUUGUUUUAGAAAUUAAACUUGUGCAAGUGAAGUCAGAAAGUCCCUCUGGUCCCCUCUUGCCCUGUUUGAGCCAAUUGUAAAAGAUAAUGCAGGAGCAUAACAUAUACCGUAUUUUUUGCUCUAUAAGACUCACUUUUUCCCUCCUAAAAGGGGGGGGCGGUGUGUGUGCGUCUUGUGGAGCGAAUGCAGGCUGCGCAGCUAUCACAGAAGCCAGAACAGCAAGAGGGAUCACUGCUUUCACUGCGCAGCGAUCCCUCUUGCUGUUCUGGCUUCUGAGAUUCAGAAUAUUUUUUUACUUGUUUUCCUCCUCCAAAAACUAGGUGCGUCUUGUGGUCUGGUGCGUCUUAUAGAGCGAAAAAUACGGUAUAUUGAACGCACAUUUUAAUUAGCAUGGUUUCUGCCCUUAAAAAACAACACCACCACUAGUGUAGGUUUUAAAUUUGCUUUAUAGGGUAAGGCUGCAGUUGUAUACACACUUACCUGGGAGUAAUUUCCCAUUGAAUUGUUGAUUACAUGCAAUAAAAUACAAGAAUGCUAUACAGUAUGCAAAACAUUAAGCAGCAAGACAUUCCUCAGGCACAUGUACAAAAAUAACUAAUUUAAAAAUGGAAUCCUUCCAUAUAAUGUACCAUUCAGCCUUUCAUUAUUUACCAUUGUGGAAUAAUUCUAUACUGGUUAUGGAUUGGUGUUUUGCAGGCGAUCCUAGAUCUGAGCAGGAAGCAAGAAGUUGCCCAGUUAAUGAAACCACCUUGUUGCUCAGUGAGGAAGAAGAAUUUGUACUUGAAACACUUGACAAUUCAGGUUAGAUUGGUCGCAUUUUGCUCUUGACUGAAAACAUAAAACUUGGGAGUCCUCAAUACCACCUCCAAUGCCAGCUCUGUCAGCUCAGGCAAGGAGACUGCUGGGCAACUAGGCGGGCAGUAAACUAGCAGAAUCCCUAAUCUGUCCCGAUUACCCAGGAACCCCCACACUAGAUCCCCACACAACUGGACAGAGAGCCUGAGAAGAGAGAGAUGGGUUUUCUAUAGACCACAACAACUGCCCCUCCCUAACCCCAUAGUCUGCCCUGAUGCUGCUCCCAGGUAGGGACAGCUGGGUAAGACCAACUCCAGCCUGCUCUCUCACACACCAAAGUCUUAGUGAAGCAAACCAGAUCAGCCUCCUCAUCCCCAAUCAGAUCAUGGAUGAGGAAGAUGUUAUUCAGAGUUGUCCUGGUAUUAAACAGCAGCAGCCGCAGACUAAGGGUUGAGCGAUAGGAGAAACACAAUUCCCCAGGUUGGGGGGGGGGGCUGGCACACAAAACAGAUACUAACUGCCUUUACUGUGUGCCCCUUACCUGGCCUGCCUCACAUCCCACACCAUCCCUUCUCUUACCCAGAACCACUGAGUUUCCCGCUCUCCCGAGCUCCUCUCCUCCUAGACCAGGGGUCGGCAAGGUUUACCUUGCCUGGGCUGGUUCACUCCAGCAGAGAUCCCUCCGUGGGCCGGAUCGUGCGCCCCCCCCCCGCGAUUUCCAGCUUCUGUGUCUGUGCAGAUGCGAUUUUCGGCACCGCAAAAGCAAGUCCCCGCGCCGUGCUGCACCGGUUUACCGCAGCAUGCAGGGACUCGCCAAGCGGGCAGCUCAUGGGCCAGUUAAACGACCCCUGUGGGCUGCUUGUGGCACAUGGUCCUUAGGUUGCCGACCCCUGUCCUAGGCCACUGUUUCCCAAAAUUGGGUCUCCAGCUGCCCUUCCCAUUAUCCCUUGCUAGCUAUAAAUGAUGGGAGUGGUAGUCGAAAAACAGCUGGAGACCCAAGUUUGGGCAACACCAUCUUCUCUCCCUUCCACUCAACAAUUAAAAUAAACACAAAAACAAUUGGGACAAGGCCAGUCCCACAGCAGAUGAUGUUAAGGGGGGUCGUCUUGCACUUGCUCCGAAGUUACCCCCAAACUAAGGUUGCCAUACAUGCAGAAUUUCCCGGUCAUAUCCGGAAUACUGCUGUGUCUAGCAGUGUCAGGGCAGAAAUCAGUAAAUGUCCAGGAAAAUCCGGAUGUAUGGCAGUCCAUGUCGGCAGUACCGUUUUUCCAUUUAAAAAAACUCCAAAAUGGCUUUUUAUGAUUUUGUCAAACAACUUUUCUAUCUGGAUUUUCUCCAUUUGAAAUAUGGCAAUGCUACCCAAAGGCCAAAAACUGAUCCUUUGGAUUGACUUGUAAUAUUUCACUUGUGAAUGUGCCUUUUAUCUAGUUCUCACAAGGAAACAAAGAAGGAAGAAGAAAAGAAAGUUACUUGUUGAUUAUGUGAAUCAGCUAAGCAGAAAAGCUAUGCAAAACCAGCUUAUGGACUAUGAAGACACAUUAACUGCAUUAGAUAUUGCACCCCCUACAAGAAGGCUGAUGAUUUUACAGGACUUGGGGAGUGCGGAUAAACUUCUGGGCAGACCUACCCAGACUACAAUUAGUGAAGAUUUGCAAAAGGUAACAGUUUGUUAUUUUAGGGGCUUCCAGACAGCCUAUUUGUUGAGUAGUUUUUGUGAUUUCUUUGCAGGGAGCUAAGAUGAUGUUGACUAUUUAGUGUGCAUUCAUUCUGAUGUGUUUGUGGGGAGUUUCCUAUGCUUUCCAGGAUAUUUUCCUAUCACUUUCCUUCUUGCAAAAAGUCUGAUCUUUGGGGGAAGUGUGUUUGUUGCACAAGACCUCCCAGCAACAAUCAAGUGUAAUUUUGCAACCUGAAUUUGGCAAUUUGUAAUUGAAUCCCACCUGAAAAUCACAACAGUCUGGAAGAACACCAUAUAUGCUUCUGCAUUGUUGCCAUAUUUGUGUAUAUAUCUUGAAAUAUUGUGUGUUCAGAAUGGCUCCAUCCAAUAUAUUUUCACAGACUUUAAUGUCUGGGGUAUUGCAAAGAUCACAAAGCAAGUACGAGAUUAUCAGAAUUAUCCAUAUGUUCUGCAGAUCCAAUAGUCAGCUAUUAAAGCUGCUUCUGUUGCUAAGCAUUUAAAAACAACAAUAAAUACCUACUACAACGAUACAAAUAAAAAUAGCUAAACAAAAUGGCAGGACUACAGGUCCUGCCCCAGUAAAGGAGGAAAUAUCGCUCUUCAAAUUAAGAGCCAGAAGCUUAGGGAAAAGGGGGGGAAAUGGUUCCUAAAACUGGCUAAAGGUAGCACUUGGCAUUCCUCCCUCUUAGAUGUUUGUUAGGUUUCUUUAGUGUGUUCCCAAGUAAUCUGAUUUGUUCCUGAAUUAUCUGGUCUUGGAAAGGAAGGUCUCUUUGAAGGUCUGCUAGGUGCACUACAGUUAAGGGAGAUUUCCCAGGGGAAGAGGUGGCUUAGGGCUCAGGAUUGCCUACAUCCUAAGGGAGUAUAUUUAAUAGUGAGUUAGGCAUUUCUAAAUAUCUACAGAAGCUUUCUUUAUCAAUGAAAAGGUUAAGCAAGUCAAGAGCUGUCAUAUUAGUUGUCACUUACUAAGUUUUUGAUUCAUUAAUAUUAAUAUUUGAUUCAUAUUCCAGAAUUGCAGAGAAAAAAUAUAUAUGAAUUCUGUUUUUACAGCUCUUUGCUAAAAGUCUCAGGUAUGGAAGAAAAAGGUUGCAAGAGCUUGCAGUUGAAAGAAGCAAAAAACAAGAUGUCCAAGGCAAGAUUUUAGAAUUAUGUCUAUUUUCAGCUAGUUGUUAUAACUCCUCCAUCUGUAGUUUUGGGGGGGAAUGCACCACAUUCAGCAAGUGUACCCUAAAGAAGAGCAUGCUUAAAUUCAGAAGGUGCAGAUCUGUGUUUGCACAUAUUCCAGUAAUGGAAAAGUCAUUUAUCAACUGAGCCAUGAAAUAGCUGUAUGACUGGGCCCUGUCGCUCAAUUGUGGUGUGGUAAGACUGGUGCAGUAGUCAAGAAGUUAAGUGUGAUUAUCUUAUUGCUAUUUUGUUGUCAAUUCAGAAUUGCCAACAGCAGAGAUUCCAAAAGCUAUGCAAGACACAACUUAUCAGUUUGUGUCACAAAGUAGCAGAGAAGAAAUGGGAAAUAAAGAAAUUGUUGAACCUAUGGUAAGUACUUUCAGUGUAAAGUCAUAUUACUGUGCACUUAAGUUUUCCAUGGCGCCAUGAAAAGCCUGAAACUACUUCUCUUCCAACUAGGGGGUGGGGGAGAGGAGAGAGAUUGGGGUCUGUGCUCUACACAUCACUCCUUCCCUUUCCCGGAGUAGUCUGGAAAAUAUUUUAGCCCUCUUAAAGUCUGUCAGCACCAUGCAGCUCCACCAGACACUAGGAAUCUGGAAGCUCAGCCUUGCUCAAUGCACUACUGUCAGACAGCCAUACUUUUGUAAGGGUCUUGUCUUGGUUCCUUCCUGCUUAACAAAAUGAGUUUGGGUAGGUUCCUCUGGGGUUUUUCCUGAAGUCUGAGAUAUUAAUGAUACACCAUAACUGGGUGCUUUAGCUGAAAUAGCAGUUCAUACUAUAAAAUAAGUAGUCUUCUUUGGCGAUCCCUCAUAGCCGAGUAAGAUUGUCUUCCAUAAACACGGUUUUAACAAUGAGUCCGUAAGUGACUGUGGAGGCCAAUUCUAGAUCCACAUGUCCUUCCACAGUGGGGACAUUGGUUUCCCAGUGGGAAUUGAUCACGGUGUGGAUUUGCCAAUUGUGCCUUCCUCUUAGCACGUUUCUCCCUUGCGUCCUGAGUUUGAGUGUCUUCAAAGCCCAUGACACCUUUGGUAAAGGCUGUUCUCCAGCUGGAGCGCUCGCAGGCAAGUGUUUCCCAGUUGUUGGUGUUUAUACUACAUUUUUUUAGAUUUGCCUUGAGAGUGUCUUUAAACCUCUUUUGUUGACCACCAGCAUUCCGCUUUCCAUUUUUAAGUUCGGAAUAGAGUAGUUGCUUUGGAAGACGAUCAUCAGGCAUCCACACAACAUGACCAGUCCAACGAAGUUAAUGUUGAAGAACCAUUGUAGUGUCAUCCUGCACACUAUAAUUCCAUUGGGAGCUUAUUUUCCUCUUUUCAGUUUUCUUCUCUUCUCACUCCCUUAUUAAUGUUUCUUUUUUUGAGUUGUCCUUUUAGGACAGGAAGCCUCCUCAUCAUCCCAAUACCUUAGCCAUGCUGUCAUAUCCAUAUUCUGAUAUAAGUGGAGUUUAGUGACAGUCCCCUCUCUGUAGCGUCAUAGGUACACUUGGCUUAGAAUCAUAGAAUUGUAGAGUUGGAAGGGACCCUGAGGUUCAUUGAGUCAACCACAGCAAUGCAGGAAUAUGCAGCUGUCCCAUACAGGGAUAAAGCCUGCAACCUUGGUGUUUUCAGAACCAUGCUCUAACCAGCUGAGCUAGUAAGUGAACUUAGUGGAGCUGACUUCUGAGUCAACAUGUGUGAGAUUGCAGUGUAAAAAACAGUCUUGGAGUAGAGCAAAGAAAGACUACACAUCCAGUUAUAUUAUGGAAAAAACUAUGCUUUCAACAGAAUUGGGGCCUUGUUCUUAGGUGAAAUUCUAAUAGAUCCAGCUAUUUAGCUUCUACAUCUCACAUUUAGUCCAAAAAAGGAACCAUAAAAUUCAACACAGAAGCUCUGUCUAGCCUGAAAUAUUCAUCUGCUACUGAGUAAUGAACAUAUGCUCAAAAAGAACAUUACUGAGAAUUAAAUUUUGUUUGCUAAGAGACUGAUCACUCCCCCCUCCCAAACUUGUAAUAUCAGGAAAGUGAUGGUGGAGUGCCUGCUGCGUCUGAUGGCUCUACCCAAGAGACUUCUGUAAGACUAGAGGUUGAGGGUAAGCAGGUUGCAGUGGAAAAGGUAUGUUUUAUGAUUUGUUCCAAGUUUUAUCUGUCACCCAAUAAAUAAGAAUGUUUAUGUCUAGUAUAACUGGAUCCAAUGUUAUCCACGGACUUUUAGGGUCAUUCUUGAGGAUAUGAUUAAGAGCUGCUUUCAGAUUUCACAUUUGUUGUGAUUUUGGCAACUAGCAGCCCUGCAGAGGAUUUUCCCCCUACCCCAUGCUGUUUUCCCAGUGAAACAAAACAAUAACACACCACCACCACAAACACAUUUAAAAAGCUGUAGAAUAUUAACCAGCCCCAGGCCUGCUGCCUAAAAGAAUACCCUCCACAAGAAGGCCAAUCUUAGCUCCUAUCCUGAGAUCCUUCAAGGACCAAAUUAAAAAACCUGACUCUUCAGAAAGGCUAGUGAGAAGAGUAUCGAUCUCCAGCAAUUUCAGGGCUAGGAGAAAAACCUGUAAUCCUGGAGAGCGGUCCCAAGUCAGUUUAGAAAAUACUGAUCUAGAUGGACCAGUGGUCUGAGUUUGUGGAAGGCGGAUUUCUGUGUGCUUGCUUCUGUUCCUGCUGCUAUGUUUUAUGAGUUUUCAUCUGAAAAUGUAAUAUGAAUUAUAAUUGUAUUUGCACUGUUGGUUGUUGGUUGAUUUUUGCAUGUUUAGUGUCUUUGUUUUUGUUGAAAACUUAUUUGGUUUAAGCUGGGGUGGUGGCUAACUUGUGGCCCGACUCCAACUCCCAUCAACCCUGCGGUCAAUGGUCAUGGAAGAUGGGAGCUGUAGUCCAACAACAUCUUGAGGGCCACAAGUUGGCCACCCUGGUUUAAACCUUUAAGCCUUAAAGAAAAAUAGGAUAAAAAAAAUACUUCAAAAAUAAAUGUGUAAGUAAAAACUGAGACAGCUUUGUAACUUUAAGUGUACAGUUGUACUGACACUUUUCGGUAGCAGUACUAAGAUACUAGUCUAACCAUAUGACCAUGUUUGCAAAAUGAACUUGACUGAGUAAUUCCUUGGUAAAUUUCUGUGAGACCACAAAUGUGCAGCAGAAUUCUGGGGAAAUCUGUGAAUUUUUUCACACUUUUAAGGAGCAUAAUCAUUCAUCAUUUACCCUUUGAGUGGCUGUUAUAAGUCCUUGCGUUGCUUUAUAAUGUAGGGAAAUGAAGACAAUGCUCCAGAUAAUGAAGAAGAAAAAGAAAAGGAUAAAAGAGCUGUAGAUUUGCUAAAUACUUUCCGGGUAAGUUGCUUUUUAAACACAUUCAAAUAUAAUGCUGAACCAUGGUUUAGUUAGUGCUACAUGAAUGGGCCUAAGUUCAUAUGCUGCUUCUUCCUCUCCUCUUCCCAAACAGCUGCUAGGAGUGUUUGAGAAGCUUUUGCUUUCCUUCGGCUUAACCAUGACCUGUUAUUUUGUCCAAAUUUAAAACUGUAGAUUAGCACAGUGUUAAGUUUCAACAAGGCCACUUCAUAACUCAUGGUUCAAAGGUGGCACUUUGCUUUUAUAAAACACAUUGUAAGUGUUAAACUAGUUUGGAAGAAACAAGCUGUGGUUAAGUGAAAGCAAAAGCUUCCUGAAUCCUUCUGAACGAACAGGUAGUGUCUGAGCCUAGGAAAAGGCUAGGCUAAUGUAGCGCUAAACCAUGGUUCACAAUUGCAUAUUAACAUGGCCACAAUAUCUGCCAACAAGUUAAUAAAAAGAAUGCCUGCCAAGUCUAUGUGAGUUGUUGUGCCCUGAUUAUAAUAAAAUAGCUGCACAUAAAAAUAAAUGAAAUCAAAUGCAAGUAUGUCUUUACUAUGAGGAAAAAUUAUCAAAAUGUCCCUAAGUCUAAACUCUGUAACUCUUAGAGCAGUAUGUCUUUACUAUGAGGAAAAAUUAUCAAAAUGUCCCUAAGUCUAAACUCUGUAACUCUUAGAGCAGGCUUCCUCAAACAUGGCUACAAUUUUGAGACUACAAUUCCCAUCAUCCCUAACCACUGGUCCUGCUAGCUAGGGAUCAUGGGAGUUGCAGGCCAAAAAUAUCUGGAGGGCUGAGUUUGAGGAAGCCUGUCUUAGAGGUAUAUCCUGUUUAUCAAUGGCAAUUUCUGGCCUCUUUGUCUUGGCUGUGCUGUCUUCUCGAUGCACACAGCCCUUACUCUUUCCUGUCAGCAAUCUUGAAAUAAAAGCCAAGAGAAGCACGCUGUCCAAAGUCCCUGUCAGCAAUGCCUUUGCCACAGGCUAACAAAGCAAAGUUAUUGAUGGGGGCAAAGGAUGCUUCCUUCCCUUAAUGUGGCUCAGCCUCUGUCUCCUGUGAGAGCUGUUUGCAAAGAACUGCAGGCUCCGUGAACCUGUCGUGAGUCAUUCACACAUGACUUGGUGCAAAGCCUAUAGCCCCCUUGCAUUGUUCCCCUGCAACUGAUGUUAAGAGGCAUGCUACCUCUGAUUCUAGAGGGACCAAUACCCGUCAUGACUAGAAGCCAUGUGUACCCUUGUCCUCCAUUAAUUUGUCAACUUCAUUCCCCUUUCAACGAUAUCUUCUUGACCAUACCUUGCGAUAGUGAAUUCAAGUAGCCCUGCGUUUCCUUUAGAACUUCCUUUUGCUUGUCCUUCAUCUCCCACCCUCAGCUUCACUGGAUGGAAAUGCUGUGCUAGAUAGGCCUUUGCUCUGUUUUUGCAGGGCUCUUUUGAUAGUCCUAUGCUAUGGGUAGACAAACUAAGGCCCGGGGGCCGAAUCUGGCCCAAUCUCCUCCUCAAUCCAGCCCGCGGACAGUCCGGGAAUCAGCAUGUUUUUACAUGAGUAGAAUGUGCCCUUUUAUUCAAAAUGCAUCUCUGGGUUAUUUGUGGGGCCUGCCUGGUGUUUUUACAUGAGUAGAAUGUGUACUUUUAUUUAAAAUGCAUCUCUGGGUUAUGUGUGGGGCAUAGAAAUUAGUUCAUUUCCCCCCAAAAAAUACAGUGGUACCUCAGGUUACAUACGCUUCAGGUUACAGACGCUUCAGGUUACAGACUCCACCAACACAGAAAUAGUACCUCAGGUUAAGAACUUUGCUUCAGGAUGAGAACAGAAAUCGUGCUCCGGCAGCACAGCAGCAGCGGGAGGCCCCAUUAGCUAAAGUGGUCUUCAGGUUAAGAACAGUUUCAGGUUAAGAACGGACCUCCGGAACGAAUUAAGUACUUAACCCGAGGUACCACUGUAUAGUCCAGCCCCCACAAGGUCUGAGGGACAGUGGACCGGCCUUCUGAAAAGGUUUGCUGACCCCUGUCUAUGCUCUGACAAGCAGCGGGCUUGAAUGCUUCCUGAUGCAGGGCUGGGGAAUCUGUUCGACUACAGUUUAUUUCAUCCCUAAUCAUUGGCCACUGUGGCUGAAGCUGACAGGAAGUCCAGUGACUUCUGGAGAGCUGCAGGUUUCUCAGCGAUGACAUACAACAUAGUGUGUAUGUGAGAGUAACAUGGGAAUAGCCAAGGUGGGGCAGGGAGAGGCAGCUGCCCCCCCCCCCAGAUCAAUAAAAAUAUAAAAUCAAAAAUACAUUGGUAACUGAGGUUCUGCCCCCCCCCCAAAGUCCUGGCUAUGCCCACGGAGAGUAGUGAAUGGUUAUGUCUUUAUAUAUGAAGUGAGAAAUAUGGGGAUAAAUAGGAAGUAGAAGAGCAAUCUGUAAGACCCUUUCACCAAAGCCCGAUUCCUUCCAUCAACAAACGUUGUGAUGAAUAUAAUACUGAAUAGUGCAGCAUCUAUCACACAGCUGCUCACCAAUCAUUUUCAUGUGUAAAACUGAACUUCACCUCGUUGGUUUAUUCCUUUGUUUUGUUCCCUAUGCAGGACAUGUACCAGACAGGAGCAAAGUCUUUCAGUUUUCUGACCCUCUGUAAAAACAAGACAAAGAAAGAAGUUGCAGAGAAAUUCUUUAGCUUGCUUGUUCUAAAGAAAGAACGAGCUAUUGAGGUGACCCAGACUGCUCCCUAUGCUGACAUUGUGGUGACGGUGGGUCCAAACUUCCAUACUCUCUGAAGGGUAGAGUGGUCUCCUUUGGACCAUUAGUUGCUAUGGUUGAAAACUGUGCUCUGCAUUCUAUGAAAGUUGUAAAGAGACACCUUACAGCAUACCUAGAUCUUUGGAUUAGACAGUGUCCUCCACUGCAUAGAUGAGCACAUGCACUUAAGAACAAGAGCUAAUAGACUAUGUGCAGAAAUAUUAUAUUGUUAAAAAGAAACACAAUGCCUUUGUUUAAUUAGCACAUCCAGAGUUCAAGCUGUAUGUUAGGAGGAACACUGCUGCUGUUGUUGGUUUUAAAAAAUGUUAAAGUAUAAUUUACAUAGGCUACCUGUUUUUCUGUUUUCCAUAUGAAGUAAAAACAGGGUUAGCUAUGUUUGAUUCUGUAUGCAAAACUGGCUGAUUGUUAGCUAUCAAAAUGUGGAUAUUGGCACGUAGCAAUAAUGGGAAUUCUGUACAGCUGUGGUCUUCUUGACCGACAUUUGUAUUAUUUAACAUUUUUAGUUACUGCAAACUGUAUGGAACAUUGUAAUAAUUUCAUUAAGGCAAAUGUGAUGCUUGUUCUGUAUGUUGCCCUAUUUCAGGAACUGGAUGCAUUUCUACUGUGCAUCCAAGUCCCCACAGACACCACACACUGGGUACUUGAGUUUGCACUUCACAGACACUUGAAGUAUAGUGGCAAUGGUGGCUUUGGAUUGGUGACACAGGAGUGUUCCAAAGGGAGUGCUACCUGCCUCCUCAUCCUACUCCUUGCUUUGCACCAUUGAAGCUUGAGGACAGUACCAUCCAGGGAGAUCCUUAGGCUGCAGAAAGGACCCGUCCCCCCCACAGAAAGUGAUGAGACAGAGCUAUUGCUCACUAUGGUUUAGACCAAAAAUAUGGAUGCUGGAACUCUUAUAAAAUAGUUGUAUAUA